AUUAAUUGUCUUUUAAGCUGAUUAAAGAAUUAUAUUGUUGGACUGUAAAUAUAUGAACAGAAAAGCCAGCCAAUAACCGAGUAUAGCUAUCCAUUACCCCCUAGUCAGUGUAAUAUCAACUGCUAUCUGUAAGGUCAAACUGACCUUAGACCUCACUCACCCACUCUUGUCUACAGAUGAUAAGACCUCCUAUAAAUUAACUAUCUAUAACCCCUUUUUCUUUACAUUGGCCACCAGUCCGUGAUUAUACAUUGUACGAAAAACACGUUUCGUUCUUAAAUACUUUGUGUUUAAAUUCGUUGUUAAAUUUCACAUCUCAUUUAAUUUUCCCUCAUGGCUAAAUUCGUUAAUUACUGUGAUUUUCUAUCUCCAUAUUAGUUCCGUUUGUGUAAAUUGGACAUUGCCUUCCAUAUUAAGAAGCUGGAAGGAUAUAUUUGUUUAAGAUUAAUUCCGGGGUCAGCAUACAUGCAUCAAUUUUCAUUAAAUCUGCUCCAAAAAAUGACAAUAACUUUAAUGUACCGAGUCAACCCUAUUUACUAUUCGGACUAUUCGGAUACGAUUUAGAUUUCCAACUGAAAGUAUUUCAGUUAAAAAAUAUCUGUUGCCAUUGGCUUUAUAAUUUCGAGUACUACAAAUACGGAGUAUAUCCAAAGGAUAUUACCUGACUGCUAUAUUGAACUAUCCAGAGAGGAAUUUAUAUUAAGAAAAUGGACAUCGUUGCAAACUAUCACCCGGUCUUCAAAGCGUUUCUGGCGGGAUCGUUUUCAGGAACUUUCAGCACAAUCCUCUUCCAACCAUUGGAUUUAGUCAAGACAAGACUCCAAAACCCCAGCCAACAUGUUGUGGCGGCGACGGUCAACAGCCGAAUCCAACCCGGCAUGAUCACAAUCUUCGUAAACAUCGUACGUCAGGAACAAAUAGUUGGUCUUUGGAGAGGAAUGGUGCCUUCGAUCGCGAGAUGCGUACCGGGCGUCGGGUUGUACUUCUCAUCCCUUCACUGGCUAAAGUCUAAACUAGGAAAGACUAAACAGGACUUAGGCGCUAUGGAAGCGGUUGGAUUAGGGGUAGUGGCUAGGACUAUGAGCGGCGUCGCUUUAAUACCUAUGACAGUUAUCAAAACAAGAUACGAAUCUGGAGUAUACAAAUACAAUGGUCUCCGGAGCGCCUUAAAAUCAAUUUACAAAGCAGAGGGAAUCAGAGGAUUAUCCUGUGGGCUUGGACCAACUCUGGCUAGAGAUGCACCUUUUUCUGGGCUAUAUCUCAUGUUCUAUACACAAACCAAACAAGCCAUGCCUAAAGAAUGGAUGUCGACCCCAGCAGCGGCAUCAAUGAUACAUUUCUCGUGUGGUAUCGUAGCUGGUAUAGCGGCUUCACUCGCCACUAACCCGGCCGAUGUACUCAAGACCAAAAUGCAGCUAUACCCAGACAAGUUUCCGAACGCUUUCAGCGCAGCCAUGUAUGUAAACCAGAAUUAUGGAAUAAAAGGUUACUUCAAGGGAGCUGUGCCCAGAAUGCUUCGCAGAACCCUCAUGGCGGCCAUGGCAUGGACGGUGUUCGAACAAAUAACUCGAUCUAUUGGCUUGAAAUGAGCAUACGAUUUUAGUUCUUAUUGACUAAUAAUUUAAACUAUUUUAAUAUUUUAUUAUUUCAAACAUAAUUGAAAUGUUUGUACCAUUUAUAUUUUCUUUUAGUUUUAAUUAUAUAUUCCUUGUGAUUUUUAAGGUUUAUUAUCCUUUGGUUUUGUGUUCCUCUUUAUUUUAUUUUUAGUUUACCUUUUUAAUUAUUGUCUAUGGUCUUUGAUUGUUUUAUUAGCCAAAAGGUUGAGUUAGUUUAAGGGUUUGUCUUAAGAUGUAUGUUCGUAACGCUACGAAAUAGUUGAUUAGGAAGCAAUGUGAUAUUGUCUAUAAAUAAAUGUUUAUAUAUUUC